CCGAAGUACCGCGUCCUUGUUUUCCCCGGCGCGCUCGCUGGCCGUCCUCAGUUGCUAAGUAACCUCCGCAGGAGGGGAGGUGGAGGUUGCGGCUGCUACAUCUCAGGUUGCCGCUAGCGUUACACUAAAUGAAGCUGGGCUGUUUUUACUCGCAAAACUAAGCGGGCUUUGGCGAAGGAGGAUGGACGAGGGCACCGAGUUGUCUCUGACCAUCGCUCAGAUCGUGCAGCGGCUGAAAGGAAGCCAUUUACACUCUCAGAUAGAGAGACAAGCCAAAGAGUGUUUACAUCAUCCUGAGAUAAAACUGGAGUCUCUCAAAGAGGACGUACGCAGUUUUCUCAAAACAUCAGGCUGGGAAAGAAAGCUGCAGAAUGCAGUGUACAGAGAACUGCAUGUCCAUCUGCCCCCGAGCCAUCCCGCGGCUCCUCCAGAGCAUGUCAAAGAGCCUCUGGCCUACAUGCGCAAGGCACAGACCAGCUGGGAGAAGCGUGUCCUCAAAAGCCUGAACAGCAUGAGUACAGAGCUGGGAGUGCCUCUGGCCCGGAUGAGGCCUGCAGUGGAGCAGAAGGAGCUCACCAACAAAUGGAACGAGAUGGGCACAGAUGAACCAGAUUUAAGCCGCUUUAGGCCUGUCUAUGCCCCCAAGGACUUUUUGGAGGUGUUGAUCAGUUUGCGGAACCCCAACCACGAUAGCAGCGAGGAUGUCAGCACCAGGAGCCACUGGGGUCUCAUCCAGGUUCCCCUCAAUGUCAGGGACAUCCCACAGUUGAGACAGGUCUACUCAGAGCUGAACCUGACCACAGGGCAGUUGGGGAUUGACGACCAUGCACAUAUACGUCCAGACUUGUUUGAAAAUGAGUAUGUUCAAAUCGGGAAAAAAGUGGUCGUGGAUCAGGACAGUGCAGCAGCACAGCAGUACAGUAGGCAAGGCUGCCCCACCGGGCUCCGGGCAGACCUGUGGGCCCUCAUCCUGAACUCCACUAACCAGCCACCGGAUGUGAUGCAUUAUGAACAGCUAAAGGCUGGAGUCAUUCAACACGACCUGCUGGUGGACAACCUUAUCUAUAAGGAUGUGAAGCUCACGGCCAGUAAUGACGACUACUACUUUGUGUUUGAAGAUUUCCUCUAUCAGAUUUUGCUGUGUUUCUCCCGGGACACCGCCGUAUUGGAGCACUUCAAAUACAACAGUGCCACUCCUCCCAAAUCCUACAUCCAGGGGAAAGUGGGAGAUGAGGAGUGUGCUGUUGUUUAUCCUCCCAACGGUGUAAUCCCUUUCCAUGGGUUUUCAAUGUAUGUGGCACCUUUGUGUUUCUUGUACAACGAGCCGUCCAUGCUGUAUAGUGUAUUCAGGGAAAUGUACAUCCGCUACUUCUUCAGAUUACACUCCAUCUCCUCUUCUCCGUCGGGUAUAGUGUCUUUGUGUCUGCAGUUUGAGCGGCUGCUCCAGACCCACCUGCCUCAGCUCUUUUAUCAUCUCCGUCAGAUCGGUGCACAGCCGUUGCGUAUUGCCUUUAAGUGGAUGGUGCGGGCCUUUUCUGGCUACCUGUCUACUGACCAGCUGCUCCUUCUCUGGGAUCGAAUCCUGGGAUACGACUCACUGGAGGUAGUUGCAGUUCUAGCAGCUGCUGUGUUUGCCUUCCGUGCAGAGAACCUGAUGGAAGUGACGUCACUGGCCUCAGCUGAGGCUGUCCUUGCUGACCUUUCAACUCUGAAGGUCAUGCCGCUCAUCCAGAUCUUUCUAUUUGCCACCGCCAUCUGAGGAGCGCCAAGACCACAGUAUGAGUCGUGGUAUGUACUGCACAUACCAAUGGAGGAUAAAGAGACACUACAAAAAUGCCACUUUGCUAUGUCAUAACUGCACCAACAUGACUAAAUCAUCUAUCAAGAAACAUCAGACUAUAGUGUGGGAUAUCAAGGAAUAACAAAGAAAAACCUACAUAGGCAUUGAAUGAUUCAUCUUGCAGUGGUUCAAGCAAAAAGCCAAACCCCUCUUUAGCAUGUAUGCACCAUAAAUAGUAAAUACCCUGUAUCAUGUUAUUAGAUAUUAUACAGUAUAGCCUACAGACCAGUAAGGUUAAGCUAACCUCCAGGAAAGAUGAUACACACAGCAGUGCUUGGAUCAGCUUAGAAGGCUCGUUGGGAGUUGAAUUGCAUGAAGCAGUAAUUGUAUUGUGAUAGCAGCAUGCGAGAGAGAACAACAGUAUCGUCUCCAAGCUUGGCUAAUGAAGUGUUAAUUAGCUCUUGCAAUUUAUUCUGCUCUGUGGCUUCUGCUUGCUGUAGCACUGUUAGAUAAUGCUGCUGCUGAUGACUGAGGAGAUUGAAAGCAUUAGUCUGUGCCAGCGUGUUGAGAGAAAGACACAAACUGAAUUAAACUAACUCAUAUUAUUAGAAGCUGCUGUGUAUAAACAUAAUUUAUUGUACUUAUGAAGGAAUUGCUUAUCACUGCACUCUUAAGGGAAGUUUAGCACCUUCAAUGCCAGUAUUUAUUUUUUUUCAUUGUGGACAUUUUGUGGUUGUUUUUCAGUUUUAAAUUAUGAAUUUAAUGCCUGAAUGUACUGUCCUGAUUAAAAAAUCACCUGGUUUAAAUACAAUCAAAUCCUUUUUUCUUAAUUAUUAACAGUACGCUUUGCCAGUCAAUGCCAA